GAAACCGAAGACCGAAACCCCCCUUCACUUGGUUUGCACAAUCAAUCUCCACUUCUCUUGUACCCACCGUCUCUCUCUCUCUCUCCCUCUCUCUCUCUCUCACUAAUUAAAUAAGCAGCUACAUCACUCUUAAACCGGCCUUGUCAUUUUGCACACCACCUUUCAAAACCACCUUCAUAGCUCCAUACUCCUCUCUCUCUCUCUCUCUCUCUCUCUUCUCUCUCUCACUCAAAAUAUCAAAGAUAUGUCAUCAGCUGGAUCUCUCUCUGCAACUAAGGUUGCCGGAUGCACCGGCCUGAGAGCCGACGCAGGCCGACACCUUUUUCCGGCGAAGAGCAGCGUUGGGUGGCGUGCAAGAACUGUUUCCAAUGGCUCCAGGGUUCACUGCAUGAAGACUUGGAAUCCAAUUAACAACAAGAAGUUUGAGACUCUCUCUUAUCUGCCACCUCUGUCUCCAGAAUCCAUAGCAAAGCAGGUUGAGUACAUGGUCGGUAAAGGAUGGGUGCCUUGCUUGGAGUUUGAUGAGGUUGGAGCAGUGCACAGAACCAACAGUCAGAUGCCAGGCUACUACGACGGCAGGUACUGGACUCUGUGGAAGCUCCCCAUGUUUGGCUGCACCGACUCCUCCCAAGUACUGAACGAGAUCGAGGAGUGCAAGAAAACCUACCCAAAUGCUUACAUCCGUCUCCUCUCCUUCGACAACAAGCAUCACUGCCAGCGCAUGUCCUUCGUCAUCCAAAAGCCCUCGCCCGUCAACGCCUGAGACUCUCUGCAGGCUCUGUGCACUUGGUGUUUCUUUUCGAGCAAGGGAAUAAUGUAGCAGUGAGGGAUAAACUCUUAAUGUCUGGUUUUGUUAUUUCUGUGGAUCUUUCUUUUUAAUCUUGUUGGUGAAUAAGGGGAAACUGCGAGACGCUGUUUGACGCUUUUCCAAUUCCUUUGUCAACUUGAGCUUGCAACUCUGAGCCUUUGAUGAAGGAACUUCAUACAGUAAUUUUCCUUAA